ACUCAUUAAAUAGCUAAGGAAAUGUCUGCAAAUGCAGUGUUGUUAGAAGGAUUAAAGAAUCCUCUCUAGACUUUGUUGUGCCUUGACUACAGGGUGUAUCUGCUGCUGAGCUGGAUUUUACACAGAUUUGCAGUGUCUCUCCAAUUCUGGCUUGCAGGCUCCUGAACCACUUGCCUGAGAUUAGCCCAGAAGCCCUGAACACUCUAGGCUCUUGUGCUGAUUCAGCUCUUGAUCUUCUUUUUCUGACUUCCAUACCUUUUUUUUUUCCUAUGUGUUUCCCAGAUGUACUUAGUAACUUGUAGUUAAUUUGGUUACAACAGGAUUAGUAAAAAGUGAUUAAACACACAGCUCAUUAUUUGAGGCCCAGGAGUAAAAUUUGUUUAUUAUACAAGCAAGAAAAUCUAGAUAGAAAUGAAGAGCUGCAGAAUUUGUAUAUAGACUUACAGAAGAGGUUGUGCCUUUUGCUUCCCAAAUACACAGAGCUUGGAUCUGUGGUAUGUGUUACCUUCUACAAUGUGUUUUUACUUGGGAAGAAGAGAUUUGUAUUUAAAAGCAACAUAUUUUCCAGAAAGUGUAGAUGGGCUUUGAGGCAUAAAGCUUUGUGUUUCAGAUCUUACUGUGAACAAGCAGGGAGACAGAGGGUGGAAUGUUUUUUUUUUCUGGGUUUCUAAGCUGGUGUUGUAGCCCCUCACUCUGCCCUCAUGUUUCUGUACAUGACCCAUUUCUCCUGGCUGGAAGGCAAUUUCCUGCUGCUGUUUCUGUUGAAGAUGCUGAGAUGUGUCAAGGAUCAGCCCAUAGCAAUGAAGUUACAAGUGCCCUGAGGCUGCUGCUGUAACAUGUCAAUAAGAGCACUUGCAGCUUUUAGGAAUGAUUUAAUUGGAAGUGCAGUAGGUGCCAGGCAGCUCAGAUCCUGUUUCUGGUGUCGCAUUCCAUAAGAGCACAAAUUACCAAAUGAGUUAAUGCUCCACUCGAGUCAGCCAUGUUUGCAGCACGUCUUUAUGUGUGGCUGAUGAGCUGGAAGUUCCAGUUAAAAGUGUCAGAGAAGUCUGGAGGUGUUGUCUUCAGUGGGAAGUGCUGCCUUGACUGAGUGUUUCAGAGGGUCAGUCUGAAAUGGUGAAGUGUUCCUCCUCUGGCCCUUCCUUCCUGCAGCACUUUCUCCUAGACAGGAAUCAUUUGCCAAGGUCACCAGACAGUUUUGUCUGAGGCAGCUAGUGAGUUCUGACAACAUUUUUCAGAAUUCCCACCAGGUAAGAGCCACAAUUCAGAGCAGAGUACCUGGCAUGGAGCUGGUGGUUCUAUGGCAAGUCUCUGACACCAUCAAAUUUUUGCAAUGAAGAAUUAGGUGUUCAGGAAAAAAAAUAAAACCAUCCUACUUCUCUGCCAGUCAUGCCAAUGUGAUUUGAUUUUUUUUUCCUGCCUAUUUUUGUAUGUCUGGAUUCUUCUGAAGUGAAACAUAACACUGUUGGGGAAUUGGCACUGGUGAUUCAGAUUGUAGCAAUGCUGAAUUUGUUUCACUGUAGUGAAAAGAAACUGUUGCUGAUGGAACUUCAUUGUGAGAAUCAGCAGACCAAAAUAAAGGUUGGUUUUGAUAUUGAAAGUUUUAGUAAUAAUUUUUAAAAGCUGAUGAUCUAUAAAAAAUUAGUGGAAACAGCUAAUUACUGAUGUAUAUACUUGCUUGCAGGUUCACAUGUGUAUAGGAUUCUUUCUCCAUUUCUAAAUCUGUAUGAUGUUGAACCCUUACAUCUACAUGUGGUUCAAGUAGAACAGGUGUCUUUGCAUUCUCUUGUAAAAGUCCUUUUCUUGAGGCUGACACUUUCUAAAUUUAGUGCCAAUGGGAGCAUUUGAAAAGUUUUAUUUCAGCUUUCUGUGUAUUCAGUAUAGGAAAACUGCAUUCCCCACUGAAAAACAAAGGCUAAAGAGUAUCUCCAGCACUGGGAGAUGGGCUUUUUCUGGACCAACAGAAAACUGCAAAUUAUUCUGCAGUUUGAUCUAAUGGUGCACUCUUGGCAUCACAACUCUUUGUCAGAUCUCCAGAAUCUCUUGGCCUGUUUCAAAGCACUUUAUCCAGUGAAUAAAUGCUUAUGUCUGUUCAGCAGGUAUAAGGACUGCAGCACUGGAGACAUAACACCAGCUUUCUUGAGCUCACAUAAGAGAGUGCUGACAAACCAGAAGAACAUGUGAUGUAGUUGCCUCGGGUCCAUGCUGUGGGCUGGAGCAGUGGGUUGAAUCUUCUUGAGCUAUGCCAAGAAAAAGAAAGCUGUUGGCUCAAUUAAGUGCUCUUCAAAACAACACCAGCUUCCCUCAGAUCGAUGCCGUGGAGCAGCUGAACACUACACCUGGAACAGAUCCUUCUCCAAAAAGCAGCAAAUAUUUUGUGAUAGAGAAAAAAACAUCUCCUCAGCUACAAGAAGAUUUUUUCAACCAGCCCUGUGUUAGUCUGGCCAAGUCGUUUCUGGGACAGAUUUUAGUUCGCAAACUUCCUGAUGGCAGAGAGCUCUGGGGCAGGAUUGUUGAAACAGAAGCUUAUCUGGGUGGGGAAGAUGAAGCUUCCCACUCAAAAGGUGGGAAGCAAACACAGCGGAAUGCAGCAAUGUUCAUGAAACCAGGAACUCUGUACGUGUAUCAGAUCUACGGGAUUUAUUUCUGCAUGAAUGUUUCCAGCCAAGGAGAAGGGGCUGCAGUGCUGCUGCGUUCCUUGGAACCUCUGCAGGGCUUGGAUGCCAUGAGAGAGCUGCGCAGGACCUCCAGGAAAGCACCCACCAGGCUGCUCAAGGACUGGCAGCUCUGCAAUGGGCCCUCCAAGCUCUGCCAGGCCUUUGGCAUCGACAAGACUUUUGACCAAAGGGACCUGACUCAGGAUGCUGCCAUCUGGAUGGUGCCUGGACAGGACCCACCGGGGGAGCAGGACGUGGUGGCCACCACCAGGAUUGGCAUUGGCAACAGGGGAGAAUGGGCACAGAAACCACUCAGGUUUUAUUUACGAGGAAACAGAUUUGUGAGUGUUGUAGACAAGAAAAUUGAGAGAGAGAUGGCAGCAAGGGGACACUCCCCUGGCAGCUGACUAGUCUUGAAUGUGUCCCAGGGACCAGGACUUGAGCUAUGCUCUGUACAAUGGCCUCAGGCUGCAUCAUGGCAGAUAGAGGGGCUUGGGGGGUUUUUAACAAUAAAUGUACUUUGUCACAAUGAA